CUGAGCCUUAAAAAUUUGUAUUUAAUAGUAUUUUAAACAGUUUUUUGACAAAUUAUUGCAUAUUUGUUUGCUAAUACUUACAGUAUUAAAUGUAAUAAUUGAGCACAUAUUUAUACACCACCCGCCACAUCACCAAAUCUCACUAACUUAAUUUAACACAAAGCACAUUGUUCGAGCAUACAAGAAUGUCACAGCUUUCGGAGAUCCUAUCAAUCCAAAAGAGUCUUGAGGAGAACUUCACCAGGAAGAUGGAUGAACUUGGUGCACAAAUUCAAGCUGCAGGACCCGCUAAAGACACUGUGGCUAAGAUUGCUGAGGAGUUCCGGGCAUUUAGAGAGCUCAUCUACAGCGUCCUUGGAUUGCUCAGGAAACAAAUUGCGGAGUGUCUUCUGCAUAUUGAUGGCCUGGAGAUGAGGCAUCGGAAGAAGGCCCUAAUUUUCCAAGGAGUUCCUGAAGCUAACACUGAGGACUGCACUGCCAUAAUACUGAGCAUAGUCAAUGGCAAAUUGGCUCUCAAAGACAUCGCAGUUACUAAUAUAAAAGUGGCACAUCGGCUUGGCAGCCCCAGUAAAGAUCACCCAAGGCCAAUUCUUGUGAGGUUCUCCGGUCUGGAUGUUAAGUCAGCUAUUUGGAGGGCGAAGACCGGCUUGAAGGGGACAAAGAUCUCAGUGAAGGAGUUCUUGACGAAGAAUAGGCAGUCCGUCUUCGCCAAGGCCAGGCAGCACUUUGGAAUGCGGUCAUGUUGGUCGCAGGACGGUGUAAUUGUCAUCAGAACUUCAGAUGGGACUCGUCAUAAGAUUUCUGCAAUGGACGAACUGAAGCCGCUUUUGGAGAAGUACCCGGUGAAGUCUGAUGCAUCCUCAAUGGGUUGAUCUGAAACAAACUAUACAUUAGGUAUGUGACGACUGGCAUUUCAAUAGCGGAACUUGAUUUUAAUAUGUCACUAUUAAAUUAUACUCACUUUUUCCUCUAAUUUCCUUAUAGUGUAUAUUUACAUCUUUACUUUUGGUCAUUUUGUUAUUUUACUUUGUGUAAUGUUACUUCAUGU